AAAGAAUUUGCUUUGAAACGGCCACAAAUUAUUUGGCAACUAUUAGUAAAGAAGAAGUUGUCAUGGAAACAUGUCAACAAAAACAAAACCCUUCAAACUUCAAAUUUCCUCGUUGAAUUAAUGUGCUUAUCCAGUAGAGAGUGAAAUCCGGUGGGAAAAAUGACCAAAUGUUCCUUAAUUGUUGAUAUUAUCAUUGGAGAACUUACAGUAGUGGAGUCUUCAGCUGUUGUCCGUCACGUUAAGAAUCCAUUAUGCCCUAUUGUUGCAGUCCAGAUAUCAAAAGGGCCAUUAUUGUAUAUUCCCUUUCUUACACCUGAAAGCAUCACGAGCCAUCUCCAGUAUAUCAGCAGUGGACAUCAGUUUCUACCUCUGGAAGUGGAAGAGAGUUACCUCAAUGGUGGUAAAUUCAUCUUCCACAGAGGAAAAUCAUGUUUGUAUACAGUGCCACAGGAAUCCUUGCAAAAGGGUAACUGUAAUAAUCAAGAUUCCAGUUUCAAUGAUAGAGUUGUUUUAUCACAAAAUGUUGUGGUUAUUGUUAUGAAUGCAUUAAUGUAUCCACCUGCCUUCUUUGGAAAAUGUACUUUACAGUUACAGCCUCAUGGAGAAAUAGAUGGACACAUGGCAGGGAAAGUAGAAUUAAGAAAUCACAUUGGAAACUUGGUAGGGUAUAUGUCUAUGUCUGUCUCUCUUCGAUAUUUAGGAGAGGAUGUAGUACUUCAUUCAGUGAGACAUAAUGACGCUACAGAUCAAGAUUUAUUAAAUACAAAUCUUGAUAAUUUUGUCUCUGUUGGCAAGGAAAAUAUAAGUCCUACUAGGGAGGAAAAAUGUUUUAAUGAAAAUUUCAAGUCUGCAAAGCACAUAGAUGUGAUGACAGAUGAAAACCCUAAUAAAUUUUUUGGCCGUAAUGCAUAUGGACUUGAGCACUCCUUUAAGUGUUCAAGACCCUUAGAUAGUAAAGAAAUGGUUGUACAACGUGAAUCAUCAGAAGAAAUUGCACUGAGAAUAGCUGCAUUAGUGAGAAGUGAAGCAUCUCCAGAAGAACAAGUAAAUGCAGAGAAUACAAAUGUUGCUUCUUGUAGAAAAUCAGAUAUCUGCAUUCAGCCUGAUCCCAUUUUAUAUUUUGGUCAUGAUUCUGAAAGUGAAAAAAUGUGGAAUGAAAAAAUGACAGACUUUGGAGGAUUUUUUGAAGUUGUAGGUAAUUUUGAUCAUUGUUUCAAAGAUCUGGAACAAGAAUCUAACUCAUACUCAGGCAGUGUUGAGUCAUACAGGAGUGAAACUUCCUUGCAGACAUCAGUAGAGUCUGGGUCAAAGGAUAAAGGGAAAAACAAUGAUAAACUAUCUAGUAUUUCGGGAUCUGUCAAUAAAAGUAGUUAUAAGAAUCCAGAGAGAAAAAUUGAUAAUAAAUGUCAAGCUCUAAAAAUGCCCAAAGGCUGGCUACGUUCAACGCCUGUUGCUUCAUGUAACAUGCAAAAUAAAGCUGUUUACCCUAGACUAACCCGAACAUCGUUGCUUCGCAGGGCAAAAUUAGAUCCUCAGUUAGCACAUCAGCUUCAUGCUGAAGUUAGAUACCAAGUUAAGCAGAAGCUACAGUCAUUAGAGAAAAAUUUUAAAGAUGAAUUGACUGAUAUCAAGAAAAGAAAAUUAUUGAAAAACAAAGGUUCUCUUUUGGUUUCAGUUGGCUGUCAGGCAAGUAGUGGCUCCAGUGAAAAAAUUACUCCUCAUUAUUAUGAUUAUCAUAAAGACUUUGCUCAGCAAACUGUAGUGCAUGAAACUUCAAAUCAGUUUACACAGAUAAAUAAAGAGAUACUGAAGAAAACUGAUUCAGGAGAAAAUGUAAAGGGAGGAAAAUACAGUAAAAUAGAAAAAGAUAGAACUUUUGACAUUUCUGAUUAUAAUCAUAGUCGUCUUACUGAAUAUGAUGAUGAUUUUGAAAUAUCAACCAUCUCCAAACCUGAUCCAGACUCUGUGACAGAGUUUCCAGUACUAUAUCAAGAGAGUUCAGAAACUGGUGAGUUGUCAAGGAGUGUAUCAAGUAAAGAACUGUCACAUCCAUCGAUCUCUAAGGGUGAACCAAAAAAACACGUUAAAGAGGGAAAAGGAACAAACACAAUGCGGGACAUUAAGAUGAAAGUCUCUAACAGCAAAGAAAGUAGUUCAGUGAAAAGUUCUGUUAAAAGUGACAGCGAGUUUCUGGAUGCAAAGAAUCAGGAAUUGGUAUCUAAUAGUAUGGGUUCCCAAAAAAUUGCUGGCAUAAUUGAGAAAAAAUUGAUUAAAAAAGAAACAUCUUCAAGCCAAGGAAGCAUUUCUGAAAUUGAUAUUCCUGACAGGAGUGAAUCUGACGUUCAUUCUUCAAUUGCAACCUUGUCACCAGAAGCCUCAGAAGUUAGUGAGGCAUCCAAUCUUUCAAAAGAAGUAUAUCAAGAAAUAAUGAAAGGCAGGAAAGCAGAUGUUCUUUUGAGAAAUGGUAGCCAAGGAUUUGAAAAGAAGUGUGAAAUGUCCUCUGCUGAAGAGGCUGUUAGUAGUGCUAUUUCUUCUAUUUCUGUGGGGAAAAAUUUACACUUGAGUGCAUCUGAUGAUGUAAAGAAUGUGAAAGCAAGGUUUGUUAUGACUGGGGAAACAUUUAGCAUUGGGGAAAUAAUUAACUCAGACAAUGAUCUCUGUGAUUCACCAAAGGAAGAUGUUGACACUUCAAAAGAUUUAUUAAAAGCUAAGCACAUAAAGAAUCUUUAUAAAGAAAGGAAAAUAAGGGAAUUACAUAAAACCUACACAAAAUCAGAACCUUCAGUUUUAGAGAAGCCAAGUGAAGUUCUAAGCAGCCCCAGAAAUCUACCCCAUUCAAGUGUCUCAGUUUCAGCAAAGGAUGUGGACGAUGAAGACAGCAGCACUGUCAGCAAUAUUAGUGCUAGAAUUGCAGCUCUUCUGAUGCCUAAACAACUGGAAGUUGCAGCACUUCAUACAGAUUCUAUAAGCUCUUAUAUGCCUUCCAAUGUUAGUGAUACAUUAUCAAGUUUGUCAGAUUUAGAAUGAUCCUAUGUGAAAGUCAGUCAUGUAAUUUAUGUUAAUAAAAAUAAUGUUAGAUUAUUUAUGAUGAUCUUGCCAUAUACUCAUGUUUAUGUCUACCUUGUAUAGUAAUUGGUAAUAAAUUACUUCAUCUUG